AUGGAGGUUAUAAUUUUGUGAUUACCAUAAUUGGUAAUAAAAAAAAUACCCAUUAUUUUUGGUUUUUGCUUGUUCACGAUGAGCAACUACAACUCCAUUCCAACUGAUCCUGAGAGAUCUUCACCUAAACAAGUUCCAGCCUAUAAAAAGAAGCUCAAUCUUAUUGUAGGUGCUUCUAUCCUUGGUUUAGCGGGUUCUGCAAUUAUUGCUUCUGCGAUUUUUUUAGGCACCACUAUCGAGCCAGUUCCCAAGAAAAAUGUGAUCAUGAUGAUAAGUGAUGGAUUCGGCCCUGCAUCUGAAACCUUUGCUAGACAAUAUGAUCAAUGGUUAAAUGAAAGAGAAAUGAAAUAUAUGCUGCCAUUGGAUAGAAUCCAUGUGGGUCAUAGUCGUACUCAGAGUUCCUCAAGCCUGAUUACUGAUAGCGCUGCAGGGGCAACUGCGUUUUCAUGCGCGAAAAAAUCGUACAAUGGUGCUAUUGGAUUUGACCCCCAAGAAAUCCCAUGUGGAACAGUUUUGGAAUCUGCAAAGAUUCAUAAAGAUAUGCUAACAGGUCUAGUCGUAACUUCUCGUAUUACCCACGCUACACCUGCCGCAUUCUCCUCCCAUGUCCAAUGGCGUGAAUCAGAAAAUGAGAUUGCCGAACAGCAGAUCGGUCACAAUCCAUUGGGUCGCACAGUUGAUAUUAUGUUUGGUGGUGGCGUAUGUGAAUUUCUUAGUAACACAACCCAGGAUAGUUGCAGAGAAGAUGGUCGUGACCUUUUUGUUGAAGCCCAGGAACAGUUUGGUUGGCAAGUGAUUUAUGGCAAGGGUAGUAGACAAAAGUUUGAUAAAAUUGAUGUUGAUGUACAAUUACCCGUUAUGGCCCUGUUUUCCCCAGGCCAUAUGGACUAUGAAAUGGAUAGAAAACCCAGUGAACAGCCUGCUCUUCACGAGAUGGCUGCCAAGGCUUUAUCAAUUUUGAAAAAGCAGUCAGAAAAGCAAGACACUGGUUUCUUUUUGAUGAUUGAAGGUAGUCGUAUCGAUAUGGGAGCUCAUACAAAUGAUCCUGCCGCACACGUUCAUGAAAUUUUGGAAUAUCAGAGAACGGUUGCAAUGGUUACAAAAUUUGUUGAGGAAAACCCUAAUACCGUUGUUAUCUCUACAAGUGAUCAUGAAACUGGUGGUUUUACUGCCGGUAGACAAGUUGGUGAAGAAUACCCUGAAUAUAUUUGGUAUCCUGAAGUUGUAAAGCGUGUACAAAACUCAUCGGAGGCAUUAGCGUUAGCUUGGGAUAGUGCACGUGUUGCCAAAACUUCUACACAAAGCUUUUUGCGAAACAUUUUGAUCAAAGCAGGAUUGGGCAUCGACGAUAUUACAGAUCAGGAGGUUGCUAAAGUAAAUGCCUGGGAACCAACAGAAAAUAUCACUACCAUUCACUUGGCUAAUAUUUUUGCUGAAAUGGUUUCACGACGUGCAGAGAUCGGAUGGACUACCCAUGGCCACACUGCUGUCGAUGUUAAUUUAUACGCAAAAGGCGAUGGCACUGAGGUCUUACGAGGAAGUCAUGAAAACACAGAAAUUGGUGACUUCAUUGUUGAUUAUCUUGGUUUGGACAUUGAUGAUAUUACAAAGAGACUUGUUGAGAAGAGUGACAAGAAAGAUUCUAGUUUUCAAACGUUAGACCAUAAACGCCGUCCAACAGUAUACCACGGUUAAAUAUUUUUCUUGCACCAAAUCAUUGGUUAUAAAAUUGAUAACGCUAAAACUUUACCCGUUUCCACAAUAAAAAACGCGGCACUUGGCCUGAUUCUGACAUCAUCAUAAUUUUUGCGCUGUGUAACAGAACAGAAAAAAAAAUUAAUAAAUAUGUGGGGGUUUUUUUUCUGAUUUAAAA